AUGGCCGCAGCGAGACUCCGUUGCGCGGCCGCCAUCUCCACCGCCACAGCUGUCCCCGCCGCCGCGGCGCUUCCGCUCCCGCUCCCGCGUCGCCUUCACCCGGCGUUCCCCUUCCUCCGCGUCCCCGCCGCCGUUUGCCUCCGGUUCUCGUCGUGCCGGAUCCCGGCGCUGAGGAGAGCGGCCGCGGCCAUGUCGUCGUUAGCGGCGGCGGCGCAGAGGACGGAGCACGAGGCCGGCGCGUGGUACGCGGUGCCGGGACUCAGCCUCCGCGACCACCGGUUCGCCGUCCCGCUCGAUCACUCCAGUCCCGACAGCGGGGACACCACCGUCUUCGCGCGCGAGGUCGUCGCCGCUGGGAAAGAAGAUGUAUCUCUGCCUUAUUUGUUGUACCUACAAGGAGGGCCUGGAUUUGAGAGCCCCCGUCCCACGGAAGCAGGUGGGUGGUUAAAGAAAGCUUGUGAAGACCACCGUGUUGUGCUGCUAGAUCAGCGGGGAACAGGAUUGUCCACACCAUUGACUCCAUCAUCUCUUUCGCAAAUUAAAUCUUCUGCAAAGCAGGUGGAGUACCUGAAGCAUUUCAGGGCGGAUAAUAUAGUUAAGGAUGCAGAAUUUAUUCGUGUACGUCUUGUACCUGAUGCCAAGCCUUGGACAGUCCUAGGACAGAGUUAUGGUGGAUUUUGUGCUGUUACAUAUUUGAGUUUUGCUCCAGAAGGCCUGAAAUCUGUUCUUUUGACUGGAGGGCUUCCACCACUGGGAGAGCCUUGCACUGCAGAUACUGUGUACAGAGCCUGCUUUAAACAGGUUCAACAGCAAAACGAGAAGUACUAUAAGAGGUAUCCCCAAGAUAUACAAGUCGUUCAUGAGGUUGUAAGAUACUUAAGUGAAUCUGAAGGGGGAGGGGUUCUUCUUCCAUCUGGUGGCCGGUUAACCCCUAAGAUGCUGCAGUGUCUUGGAUUGUCAGGUCUGGGUUCUGGUGGAGGAUUUGAAAGGCUGCAUUAUCUGCUUGAGAGGGUGUGGGAUCCUGUACUUGUCGCUGGAGCUAAAAAGAGCAUUAGCUAUUACUUCUUAAAAGAGUUUGAAAUGUGGUUAGGUUUUGAUCAAAAUCCUCUAUAUGCCCUCCUGCAUGAGUCUAUCUACUGUGAGGGCUCUUCAUCAAAAUGGUCUGCUGAAAAGAUUCAUGGUGAAUAUGGAAGUUUGUUUGAUCCUAUUAAAGCUACAGAAGAAGGCCGUGCUGUGUAUUUUACUGGAGAGAUGGUGUUUCCUUGCUUGUUUGAUGAGAUCCCUGCUCUACGAGACCUAAAGGAUGCUGCCCAUUUGUUGGCUGAGAAGGAAGACUGGCCUCCACUAUAUGAUGUCAGCGUGUUGAACAACAAUAAGGUUCCGGUCGCAGCUGUGGUAUACUACGAGGACAUGUACGUUAACUUCAACAUCGCCAAGGAGACCGCCUCCCAGAUAGCGGGGAUCCGGCUCUGGGUGACCAACGAGUACAUGCACUCAGGCAUCCGCGACGGCGGCUCGCAUGUCUUCGAGCAUCUCAUGGCUCUUCUGAACGGCAAGAAGCCUUUGUUUUAG